UUGGGGGGGAGGGGGGGUCAUGUGAUGAAGGAGUGCAGCCUGGCGUGCUUGUGAUGUAAGACUGUAUAAAGGCUGUAUACAACAUGUAGCACCUCGUCAUAUGACUGCUCACAGCGAAAUCUGGACGUGACGGGGGGACAACGAGCGUCUGCCCCUCUCCCUGUCUGUGCACCAGGAGGAAUUUAUCAAUGCCUCCCUCUUUUUGGAUCCUCUCACAUAUUAGCGUGGACAUCUUCUAGCUCGGGCCUCCUGCGCUGAGAUAAUGUAAGGAUGACCGAUCACCGAUGCAGGAGCUACGGAGGAGUGAGCGUCGCUGCAGCGGGGGAGCAGAAUCAGCAGCAGCAUCCAAACAUGAUGGACCAAGCAGAGGACGCAGGUGCGGAGAGCCUCUCUUUGGAUGAGAUACUAAGGCUCUAUAACCAGCCCAUCAAUGAGGAGCAGGCUUGGGCGGUGUGUUACCAAUGCUGCAGGACGCUGGCGAAGGGAAACACGGGCAGAAGGAGAACCUCCGCUGCUGCCGGAGCAUCGUCAGCAGACACGGCUGUAUGGAGAAUUUCUGGGCUGGGGGAUGUGUGGAUACAGAUAGACGGGUCUGUAAGGGUGAAACAGCAGGACUGUAAAGGUAAACACAUACACAUGUACCACUUACACACACAUACAACACAUACACAUAUAGCCUACAUACUGAUAAAUGAAUACAUAUUUAUUGAAGCAAUAGCCGAAGUAAUGGUGAAUAAUUUCACUUGACAUCAAAAACUCAGCGUUAAUAGGCAUUAUCAGAUUAUCAGGCUCAGUUUGAAAGCUGGUACAAAGUUUAAUUUAAUUUAAGGUUUAAUAGCCUACCAUUUGAAUCUGGAAACUGUAAUUCACUGGUUUAACACUCUUUGUUGGCUUAGUAAGAACUGACUGUCUUUACCUCUAGGUAUUAUCUAUAUAUAUGUGUGUGUGUGUGUGUGUGUGUGUGUGAAAUUGACUUAUGAUACUGAGACAUUGAUAACUUCCUGGUGUGGCUGAAACUAUUCCUAAUAUCAGCUCCCUUUUGAAAGGAACUUUAUUUCUCCUUUCACAUUGUUUUAUAAAAAAGAAAAUCAGAGUUUCUACUUCAUGAUUAAGACAGUUUUUGUUUUAGGCUCAUCAAGGGCCACCCUCCCCACUGGGGCCCGAUCACUGAAUAGAUGCAAAGACUUAAGUGGAAUUCCUUAAUUUAGCCUACUUUGUUAAUUAUUUGUCUUUCUUUCUCAAAAAAGUGUGAAAGUUUGCAUAAAGUCUGGUGUUAACAUGUGACAUUUUAUGGAUUAUUAGCGUUUGCAGAACGACCUGGCUCAAAUGCGCCCUCUACAGGGCUUUAAAAUACAACACCUUUGAUGGAGCAAAGUGAUUUUUUCAUACACAGCUUCUUGAGACUUAAAAAAAUCUCUUACAGUAGUAAUAACAGAAGAGGGGUCAUUUGAAAAAACUGAUAAAAUCACCUCUUUACAGUAAUUGAGUUCCUGCACAAACAUAAAAGGGCGUGGUUGUGGCAAGCCCCCAGAAUUUGCAGUUUCACCAUUAGACAGGAAGUAGUUUUUCCUUGGUCAUGCAUACUCCAAUUUGACCCAUACUCACCAUGCAGUAUGAGGGUGAAGAGUUAAGCACAUUUAUGUGAAAAUAUUUUAAUCCAGUUAUAGUGCCUCCUGGUUGCAGUAGGAAAUGUCAUGCUGUUCUUUUAUGAACUAAAUCUCCAAGAUCAUUUAACACAUCUGCAUCGCUAUUCUGCUCAACACAUCCUGGAGGUGUUGACUGUUAUGUGUGCCAUAAACUGUGAGUUUUUGAUAGAGAAUGUAACCAGCAUGGCUUUGCAGAGUUCAUGUUGACAUGAUGUCUUGUCCUUACAUUUUAAACUGCCCUAGCUCAGCCCAACAUCAAAUCCCUGGACUAAUUAGGGAGCCCAGCCUGAACACAUCCAUCUUUAAAAAUUUCAAAAACCACAGCACUACCUACCAGCAACAGGAAGUUACUGCCUUCUCUGAUAAAUCCUGAGACAUUGCCAGACACUCUUGGAAGUAGUAUUUUUAAGAACGUAAAGUCCAUGUAGAGUCGCCAAACAUGGUAAACAGGGAACCUGGGGGAGCAAAGACACAGUCAAUGCAGGUAUAGUUGGGGGGGGGGGUUUGGUCAAUAACCACAAACCCACACAUUUUAAUUUUUGGUAAAAAUUAGCUAAUUUUCCAGGGGUGAGACUGACUACUCCUCAUGGGGUAAUCAAAACUGUCUGUUCUUUGGUCUUCAGGCAGAAGACACCUAAGAAAUGAGAAAUGUCCACUGACUUCUGAAAAAAAAAAAUUAAUAAAAAAACGUUUCACAAGGUAGGGCCAGACAUGUGUAAGAAAAUGAACAGGGGGGAGAACAAGAACAAGAAAAUAUGCUUCAACAAACAUAACACAUCCUUCCCUCUGUGGGUUAUGUAAAGCAACACUCCUUUGAUAUGAUUCUACUAUCUGAUAGAGAUUAAUAAUCAAAAUUUUUUAAUCUAUAAUUUGCGUUUAUAUUUGGGUAUUUCAUUGUGAGUUUUGUGCCUCAUUAACACAGACAGUGUACUUUUAAGAUGCCGGGGGAAUUAAAUAAUCUUAUUUUUGAUUCGGGUUAAGUUUUAGAGAAAUUUAAACAAUGUCACUCUAUGGCUUAUGACUGCUCAGUCUCGUAUGAAACUUUACUGUUCAUUAACCUCUUUAACAGACCCACCAAAAAGCAGUAGAUUUUUUUGGGGGGCAUUUUUAUAGCUUUUUGGUGGGGCUGACAACCGCAGUCUUUUCGUCAGACCCUUUAGUAUUUCAAAUAUUGACCUCUACCAAAAGGUAACCACUUCAUGGUUAAUGUAUGAAAUUUCAUACAAAUAACACAAAUAGUGGAAAAAGUCAUGUAAAAUGCACAUUAAGGAAGAAAUUUAGAACACAAAAGAAUUAAGUUAAUUGGACAGUCUCUAUUUCUGCAAGUAUGACACAAAAUAUUGAGCGAUUUCCUUUCAAUAAAGAAAAGUAUGGCAUCAAAUAAUGAAAUACUGUAUUUGUAAAUUUUUCAUAUUGACUAAAGUGCAACAACACAAAACUCUCACAUUCAUUAUACUUGUGAUUAGGCCUGGGCGAUUUGGCAAAAAAAAUGAUCACGAUAUAUUUUAUCAUAUCGUCCGAUCUCAAUUUUCAUAACGAUUUUUUUUAACUGCCUGUUUUGAAGCGUCUGUACUAAAAACUAAAGAAACUAGAGAUUAGUUCAACAUUUUAUUAACAUACAAAGUAAAUAAAGCAAAUUGAAUAAGAUACACUUAGUAUUUAUCUACAUUUGUUGUACUGUUGAGUUAAAAUGUUUUUUUUAUAUUUUUCUAAGUAAUACAGUGAACUAGUUUACAGUCCUGAGUAUUUUUGCAGGUAUGCAGGACCCAAAAUAAACAAAUCGCCCCCUCAGAGAUAAUAAAGACGCCUUAAAAUGUAAACAUUAGAUGAUGUAAACAUAGAUGAUACGAUUAAUUGCUGCCUAGGUCUGGUGGCUGCACUGCUAGUUGUGGCUAAACUGCUAAUGCUACUCAUGCCAUCAGCAGUGGCAGGCUGUACAGACUCCACUCACAUUUUCAUGCUUUCCACAUAAUCAUUGGCAAGGUACUUCUUCAAAUGAUUAAACAGAUUUGUUGUGUAGCCAGUUUUUGAGGGCACCGUUCGCCGACAUACCUUGCUCAUCGCCUUAAUUACUCGACAUCACUUUGGAGAUACCCGAACUACCGCCACACAACCAACGUUGAAUAACUUCUCAACAAUAACAUCUUGGGAGAAUGACUCAAAGUCACGGCUGACAACUAUCUUGCUGCCCUCAACUUCGCGUUUAGCUCCAUGUUCAGUCAUUCUGUUUACUUCCCCUGUUUACUUCUCCAGCAACUCACAGAAGUGAGCUGGAAAAGCUCGACUCUGAUUGGCUGUUGUGACACACAUUUCCGCCAUGUUUGAUCAAGUAAAUAUGCUCUCAGCUGAUCACCGUGAUUGAACUGAAAUUUAUCACGAUCAUCGAUCACGAUCACAUAAUCGCACAGUCCUACUUGUGAUUGAAUGCUGCAGUGCAAAGCAUUCAUUUUUCCAUUGAAAAAACUAAGAGAAGAAAUAGUGAAAACCAAAGGAACGUGUAUAUCUUGAAUAUGUCAUCUCAACACAACUCAGCUGUGGUGGUGCAACAUGCUAACGUUUUUGAGGCUCAAGAUCCUUAUUUUUAAUGGGUUGACUGAACUAGUCUUGCUGGUUUCUGUUUGACCUUUGAAAAAGACACGGCCAAAUAAGAUAAACUUUCUAUUUCCAUUCUCUUCACCCCAACACACCUCAUCUGUAUGACUGUGUAACAGCACAAGUGCUUUUUGAGCAUUAGACCGACUUUACUUUUGGUGAUAUGCCACAAAGCAUUCCUGGUUUGAGGUCAAACACAGGAAAACAUUGCAUUUCUGUCGUCUCCACCUUGACGUACACUUUGGACAGAGGUUGCAUCGUCCCUGCUUGUCAUUGUGAAGAGGCCAGUGUCUGAAGUUGUUGUAGUGCACAUUUGGUUGUGGUUUGGAUAGUGAGGGUCUAGGUUUGUAGCCUUUCCUCAACAGUGGGGGAGAGAGCUCAAUGAUAAUUGGCCAACUUUGGAUGCUGGCUUGUUGACUUGGUUCAAACUGAGGGCGGCAGCCAGGCAGAACCUUUUGAGAGACAUUGGUUUCUGCUUAAGUGGGCCACAGUCUUUCUUGUAGACCAGCCAGAAAUAAGUGAUGCACAGGUCAAGGAUGCAUCUGAACCAUCUCCUCUGCUUGGGGUCUUUAACAGGUGGACCAGCAUGUCGAAAAGAUCAGUUCCUCCUAUGUGCUCAGGGAUGAGUGAUAAGCAUGGGAUUUCAGUCUUUUCGAUGGACUCUUUACUCUGCUGUUUGACAGAUGAAAGAGGCGUGAUCCCACAGAUAUUGCUCAGAAGGUUUACACAUUAGUUGUAAAACCAUUUCACUGCAAUCUCCCCUUCAGCAGACCUGUAAUCAUAGGCACCAUGGCCCCUCUUCAUCAGGUCUUUGUCUGCAAUUAAGGGAGCUACACCAGUGGGGUUUGGUCGAACUAGUGGACCGAUGCACUUGAUACCCAAGGAGCUGUGCAAGCUCUGAACCAGGCCAAGACUUUUAAAGAAGCUGUAGCAAAGGACAACACACAGCUGAGGGUGUUUUAUGGUUUUGCAUAGUGUUGUCACCACUUUGGCUCCUAGAGGUAGCUGUUCCUGUUCACUAAGGGCAACAUAAAGAAUGCCCCUUGAUGGAUAUUCUUGUGGAUGAUGAUGCCAGAUGAGCUUGCUCAGCAGAACAGUGUAAAGCCCCACUUAUUUUGCUUGCUGGCGCAGAGUGCCAGCCCUGGUGCCCAACAUGCUACCAUGACCUUAUCAACACUGUGCUUCUAAGUGGAUGCUGUCAGAAGAAACUGGUGACAAAGCCUCUCAAAGAGGGGAUGGAUUUUCAAAGAUCAGUCUGGACUCUCAUUGAUGUGUUGAUUAUCAUCUGUUGAAACAGGACUCAUUGUGCCACUAGUCCUCCAGCAAUGGGAAGUUGAAAACACCCAUAGAGAGAAGUGUAAGGGUGCCUAGCCCAGGUUCACACUUGAAAGAAUGGAAGGUCCACACGAAUGGUCAGUUUGACAAGCUUUACUGGUUGCAGAUCUGGGUUACAGCUUCAACAUGCCACAAGUGUAACAAAGAUUGGUCUAAGACCAUUCAAGUAUAUAUAUAGUGGUCCACAACUCUAAACAUACUGUUGAUAUUUAGUUGACCCUAAGAAAAAUCUGUGUACGGUAAGAACAAAGGACAACAUAUUUUAAGAAGCCUUAGGUGAACAUGUGGAGGGUCCAAAGAAGGAAAUACCAUGGCAGAACAUAUUUUGGGGACUUACAUGAUGUAAAUAAUGUGUACAGGGUUCUUCGGUCAAGGAUGGUUGUCAGAGGCCCCCGGCUCCAGCAAUCUAACACCAAAGUAUCUGAGGUAUUUGAGUGACACAGCUCCAACACUCUAAAGGCUACUAUGACUGGCUAAAGAAACUCAUCCUAAAAAGAAGGAUUGCUAAGGGUCAGGGUCAGGAGUCUUCUGUCUGCUUCAAGGAAACUGUUUUUAAGGUGUGUUUCCUUUUUCUGCUCGUCUUACAAGGUGGCUGUAUAGAUGACGUGCUUGUUGAAGGAGACGGUUCUUCAUCCAGGGUUUCAAAAGAACUGUCACAUUCACAACUGUUGCAUCCUCUGCUUGUGUGGGCUGAUAAUCAGGAUACUCUAUUGGGUGGUCACUGUCACUCAGAUCUGCGUCUGAGUCUUGAGGAUUUUCUGCUACGAGAGCCAGAGGAAUGUUUGGUCUUGUACUCUUGAAUGUUUUAGUAUCCAUCUAGUAAUUGUAAAACAUGAAAUUAUAAUUUGGAACUUUUAUUAAUGGUAGUAAUAUUAGCAUUGCAGCUUGUGUCAUUUAGUUUGAAGAAAGUAAGUAGUGAUAAUUAUGAUUUCCAUGAGAAAAGAGUCAUAAAGUUACCUGUUGUUUCAGAGGAGAGUUGUUAAAAAUUAGGGCCAUGGAGCAUUUGAAGGAAUUGUACUGAAGUAUAGGUUUCACAAACAAGGAUAUACUAAAUUCUAAAUCAGCAUGACAUCAUCAUAAGUAUAAGGUCUUUAAAAAGAGUAUAUGAGAUCUGCAUCUUUUCCACAGAAAUAACAGGCAGACUUGGAGGAAAUCGCUGCUUUUGUGGAGGGGGAAAUGGAUAUGCAGAGGAUAAAUCCAUCAAUCCAGCUGUUAAUAGCAAUGGCAUUGGGCUUUAGUUUAUGGUAUGAAUCCAUAUGCUAUAAGGUGUUGGUGCCUCUGCGGGUGUAGGUUACCGCUGGUGUCAGAGACGUGGUGCUUGUUGGAGCUCGACUCCCUCUGGAUCACAAAUGUUGAUCAUCAGUUUAAUAUUUUCUUCAGAAACCACAAAAUCUCUCUGAAUGGCCCACUGAUACAUCCACCGAUAACCCUGCAGUUGCCCAGUUCCAGCCAUUUCCCCCUCCACAAAAGCAGCUUUAUGACUUUAUUUACUUUAUGACUUUAUUCUCCUAAGUUUCCAACUUUAAUCCAGAAGUCCUUUAAAAAAAUCUUGAUGUGGCCCUGAUACUCUAUCGUAGUUUUGGCAGCUUUCUUAUUUCUAAUGUUUUUGAUUGUGACAGGACAACCUCAAAAGAAGUCUUACAACUACAAAUCCAAGUAUCAUGGCGUAUUACAAUUUUUUUGUGAAGUAGUGGAAGAGAUCCAGAGAUGGCUGCAGACAGUAAUGCCACAUGAUGGUGACAGAAGGCAGCUCCUCAAAAAGUGUCGCUGUAAACGCUGCAAAGGACGCGCUCCACACUCUCUUAUACAAAUAAACACAGAGGGAUUUGGUGUGUGUAAUGUUGUACCCACUGGUAAGACAAACAUCCUUUUCCACAAAUAAAGACACUCACACUAAGUUGCAUAUAUUUAAACCUCACAUGACAAAGGUGGGUUGUGCGCACAGAUCACAACAUAAAUUCCAAUAAUGGCAUUAAAAUCAGAACCACCUGUGUGUAAAUGACAUAUCGUGCUCCAUGGCCUGGCUAUUAUAAUAUUCGUAUGCGGGCCUAACUCCGGAUUGAAUAUUUACAGAAUCUUAAUGAUGUGAGAAAAUCAGAUAAACAGGUAAUUUUGAGUGAAAGGUUAUUUUAUUUUGUAUUCUUAUUUUUUUUGUUCAAAUUUUCGAAGUAAAUAAUCUGAUCUCAAAAAUAACUCAUUUGGUCAGCCGUUCCACAGCAGCAGCAGCAGGAUGGGGAGGGGACAAAGAGACAUGUCAGGUGUUGAGCCAUAGAAUGCACCCCUGCCGUUGAAUGCACCCCCUGACGGGAGCGCGGUUGAAAGUAAACAACAAGGCGAAAUAAUCCAAGUUAUCCUUAGCGUUGGAUAGAUUCAAAAGCGGGUGCCUUUAAUGGUUUCAUUCAGGCUAUUCAGAUAUGCCGAAAACAAUAGCCCUCUGAUUCGGAAUAUUUGCUGCCCCGAAAAAAUAAUAAUGUUCUCUACCUUAACAGCUUACUGUACAGUUUAUAUACCCAAGUACACCUCUGUAUGUGCAUUUUUUAAAUACCUAAAAACAGAACGAAAGUUUGCUGCUCUAUUUGACAUGUUGUCAUGAUCCAAUACUGUUUUUCUUUUUAAUAUAUAUCACUUUAAGAAGCUAAUGAGUGGAUGGGAUGCAGGGGAUGCAAUCUGUGCCAGGGGUGCAUUCUAUGGCACAACACCUAUCGAGCUGCGUGAGGAAGAAGGAGGAUAAGUGAGGAGACUAGUUAAAUAUCUUGUUAACUUCAUCAUGUGUGACUGUUUACUGGAUAUUUAAUUUAAUGCGGUUUCAGCUGUGUUAAUUCGGUCAGGUGGAGUGUCCAAACGCAUGCCAAACACGCUCAUCAGAUAAGAUAUAGAUCAGAAUACAUCUAUAGAUAUAAAUGUAUGUGCUAAUUCAGAUAGUUGCACUGAAUAGUGGUUGUUGAUGAUUAUUUAUUGCACUGAAAUGUGCCUGACACUGUGGUAACCUGCCUGUGAGGCAUCGGUGACGUAUGCGCAAUACGAUGCCAGUCUACCAAAAUACCACUAGACCAGCUGCGCUCCACCUGCGCUGAAAGCUGACCAGGUUUGAAUCGGCGAGCUUUCAGCGCACUUUUGACGCCAACGGCGAGCAUGAAAAUGUAACUGCGCCAGCUGAUUCUGUCGACACCUCCCCCUACCGCGCCACCACUCCCAGCUUGGUGGACGUCAGCGUGCCUCAGACUAUGAAAAUACUGAACUGGCUGUGCACUGGGCUCCGCUAGACGAAAAUACCACUGCGUGCCGUCUGCCGUGUCGCCGGCGGGCAUGAAAAUAGAGCCCUGUGAGUGUGCACUUCCAUGAUUUUGGCAAGGGGAAAAAAAAAACCAUUCUGGCUAAUAAAAGGAAUGGUUGAUACCGAAAAUGGUCAAUUGGAGGCAUUUCUGAAUGCAAAUGACCCAAACUUUGCAUGAGCAUGGUUGUAAAGAACAGAUGGGAUUUAUCAUCACCGAUUACUUACUAAUGUGCGUAACCGGUGUCCACAUGUUUGAUAAAUACAGAUUUUUUCUGUACUUACGUACAUUCUAAAUUUCAUUCCUACGCCUGAAUUUAGAACCUUUUCUUCACACGGUUGAUAAAUUAGGCCCCAGGUGCAGAUUUUAGUGAGUUAGGAGAGCAUGUGCUCAUGGAGCCUGUGCCUCUGUCGGCGGUGUGGCGUAGGCCCGACAUAAGUCAGGUCCGCCAUGCCAGUUAGGCGUGCCCAAGCACACUUUGGUAUUUUGGUGAGCAGUGCAGCCCGGCGUAAGUACCCCCUUUCCUAACUCAGCUCCUCCCAGCGACGUAAGUAGCAAAGAGGGAGGGGAUAAGGCGUGGAGUGGAUUUAACACAGCGGAGACCUGUUUUUACCAAUCACAUCAGUUCCUCUCCUCACCUUGAAAUGUGCCACCGGCAAGGCGUAUUGCAAAUUUCAUUUAGUAGUCAGAGAUGACUGAGGACAGCAACGCCACUCGAUGGCGACAGGAGGCAGCCCCUCAACAAGUGUCGUGGUAAGCACUGCAGGGCAUCCUCCAAAUAAGCACAGAGGGAUUUGGUGUGUGUAAGGUUAGACCCCACUGGUAAGACAAACACCCUUUGCCACAAAUAAAGACACUCACAUCAAGUUGCAUGUAUAAACCCCAUGCAACAAAGGUGGGUUUUGCACACAGAUCACCUUAUGAACAAAUGCUAAUAAUAGCAUUAAAAUCGGAACCACCUGUGUGUAAAGAAUAUAGAUAAGAAGAUAGAUAAGAUAUAGAUCAGAAUAUAUCUAUAGAUCUAAAUGUAUUUGCUGACUCAGAUAGUUGCACUGAAUAUUAGUUGUUGUUCAUUAUUUAUUGCACUAAAAUGUGCCUGAAACUGUGGACACUUGCUGGUGAGGCAUCGGUGAUGUAUGUGCACUAUGCUUCUAGUCUACAAAAUACCACUAGACCAGCUGUGCUUUGCCUGUGCUGAAAGCUGACCAGGUUUGAAUCGGCAAGCUUUCAAUGCACUUUCCACGCCGACAGCGGGCAUGAAAAUGUCACUGACCCAGCUGAUUCUGUCAACACCUCCCCCUACCGCGCGACCAUGCCCAGCUUGGUGGACCCCAGUGUGCCUGAGUCUACGAAAAUACUGGCUCCAUUGAACGAAAAUACUACUGCGUGGGGUCCGCCACCAUCUGCAGCGCUGCCGGCGGGCAUGAAAAUAGAGCCACAAGUGUUUUUGGAUUUUCUUUGAAGAGGCGCUCCAAGCAAGUCUGAUAUAUUACCUGAAAUAUGCAGCUGUGCAGUGGCACGCAAAAUUUGGGGAUUACAAGGCCACAACGUGUGUAUGAAUGCAAAGUCAAGUGAAACGGGGCACCCUUAUCGCUGUGUGAUGACAACACGCACACUGAAAAUCCGCACUGUAUUGAUUGAUAACAGGGUGAAAGUACACACCCUGUUAUCAGUCUUCCUUGGGCAACAAAUGCAUAUCUUCUGGUCACACUUCUGAACUGAAAAACAUCAGCUAUAAAAUGCAUCACAAGCUGCAGGCUACUACACAGUGACUGGCUCCUGAGGAUCAGGGAUUGCUGGAACCACGUCCUCUCUGUGGUGCAGAGUGGUGUGUGGAGGCUGACCAUCAAAGUCUCAUGUCUAGACAGGGUGUUGGUCACAUGAUACACCAACAUCCUCCUUUUUCUACCAGCUUAUGUUCUAGAUCAGACAUAACUUUAACAACACCAUAGGGGCCCUUAAAAACUGGCACUAUCUUAGCAUCAAAUUCAGCAACUGCAUUUGAUCUUGGGUGAGAUUUCAGGACCACAAGGUCACCAAUCUUGAAGGUUACAUGUCAUCCUUUUUUGUUAUUGUGUUUCAUUUGUGAGUCAUGACCAGGGGCCAUGGCCAGACGCACAUGGUCAUAAUCAUACCUCUGUAAAGAGGUCAAACUUGUGACUGGUAGCCCUCCAUGGGUCAGUAGUUACAAACUAGGCUUCAGACAACUCGUUACUGUCAUACUGCCUGUUUAUUGUAUGGAGGAAUAUUAAAAUAUUAAAUGUGUGUGUGUGUGUGUGUGUGGGGGGGGGGGGGGGGACUUUAACAACUAUACAUCCUCAAAAGGUAACAAUCAGAUAUCGCUUUAAUUAAAAUACCCUGUAAUUUAUGAAAAUACUAACCCACACGUAUCACUAAAUUGUUUCUUCUGUUUCUUUGGAUAAUUAUUGCUAUUAAAGAGUACAUUACCAAUAUUGAGGGUGCAGCUGAAGAUGUGAGACUUUGUGAGGUUCGGUAAACUUUGAGUGGUAAAAUUAGAAUAAAACUUUUUACUUAUAUCUCAGUUGAUAUUUAUUGUAGAGUUUUAAAUGUUGCAUAUUUAAAAACAAAUGCAUGGAAGAUAUUAAUGGUCUGUUGUUACAAGUGAAUACUUAGAUAAUGCACAUUUGUUGCUAAGAGUAUUAUCCUCUCAAUAGUACAUACUGUCAGUUAUUGAGCAGUUUACAUGUGGGGCCAUACGUUUAUGUAAACUGCUUUAUUCAAAGAGUUAUAUCUACCCCUCAUAACAACACCUUUUCUUUUUUUCCAUCAGGUGAACACAGCCCUUGUACAGCAACAGAGGUGAGUCAGUGCAUUGUAUUCAAGGACCUAUAAUGUCUAAUGUAUAUCAGUGGCGGCUGCUGGUCUUUUGAAGGAGGGGAAGCUCAUUUUUCUGGCCUACAUCAUAAUUGUGUUUGUUUAUUAGUAUGUAACAGAACAGAGUCGCCAAACACAACGGCAGUCGUUUAACAAAGACAAAAGUCGCUGAGGAUCGGUAAAGUCUCUGGAGCAGUUAAGAACAACGGAAUGAAUAACUUGGAAAAUGCUCUGGUAGAUGUUUUAUUCUUCAAGAUCGCUGAUUCGCUUGUUUAGCUGUCAAUCAAAAAAGGAUUUCACCUCAGACAGCUCAUCCAAUCAUGGAUGCAGAAGCUCAGCGUCCUCGAGAAAGUUGGGACCGCCCUCUCGUCAUAGAACUCCAGAGACGCUGAGCGUCCGGUGGGCGGGACAAAGCCCAGCAUUUAUCCAAUGAGCGUCUAGUUUCACUGCUGGAACAACCCACUUUGAGCUUCCACAUUGAAAUCAGCAGACUCUGAGCGUCCGGCUGUGUGAAGCACUGAGGCGCUGCGAGGAUGAUUGAGAACGAAGUUAUGCAGGUUACCUGUGAUUAUCAGCGUCUUAUCACAGUGUGAUAAGAAGCUGAUUCUGAACAAAAGAUGAAGGCUUUCUAGCCCGUAUUUAGGUAAUGAAAUGUACACACAGCAGUACGUAUUUCACCACUUUUUCUUUUUUUGGGGGGGUGACAUUUUAAGGGAAGCUGAGCUUCCCUUGCAGUCUUAGAGCAAUCGCCACUGAUGUAUAGAUAUGCACAGUAUCACACUGUACUGUUACUGAUGAUGAAUAAAGAAAAACUAAUAAUUUUAAAACAAUUAUUUAGAGAAAAUCAAAGCUUAGGCAUGUUUUAUCUAUAAAUUCAAGUUCUUUUGAAUAAAAACAAAUACUGUGGUCAAAAGUGUUCAGACCAGGCUUUGGUGUGUGCAGCAAAAACAAUCAUUGUGGAGAGCACAAGCAGACUGACACUAAUGUUCAAUAAUGACAAGUAUCAUCAACAGUGAUCUAAUGACACUUUAUUUAUCUCUUUACACAGGUGUUUAUAUGUAAGAGCAGCUAAAACUCUGUUCUGGGUCAAAAAUGUUCAACACGAGUAACAAACCUUUCAGUAAUGUAUAGAAAGUCAGUUAGCAUUGGGGUCUUUGGACUCCUUGAAGUGCUGGUCCCAGAGUCUGUAUGAAGAAGAUUCAUGGAAAGUUGGCUGAUGGGAAAAGUGAAGGAGGAAAAUGAGACCAAGAAACAGGGAUGAGAGCAGCCUGGAGAGGAUUGCAAAACAAAGAAGUUUCAAGAACUUAGAGGAGCUUCGCAGGGAGUGAGCUGAAGAAUGGUCAAAGAGGCCCAGAACCCAAGAUGCUUGAAGUCCAGUGUGAAGUUUCCACAGUCUGUGAUGAUUUGGGAAACCAUGUUAUCUGCUGCUGUUGGUCUAUUGUCUUUUAGUCCAGAGUCAAUGCAGCCUAAAGUCUACAGGAAGGUCUUAGAGACCUUUAUGCUUCAUCUGCCGAUAUCAGUUAGAGGUAAAGCUGUGUAGACUACAUAAUAACACCUCAUGAUUGUCUUCAGUCUUGUUUUGAGUUUAAAGUAAUUACUGCAACAGACUAGAGCUAAUGGGUCAAAAUAAUGCAACCUUAUUGGAGAGAGAUGUCACUUAGCUGGUACUGCCUUGUUCAUGUUAAAAUUAAAGCUGGAGGGGGGAAACACAAACUGCCCUAACAAGAAGAAGCUGCAGAAAUUUCUCCUGAGAACUUUUGGACCUUCAGUAUACAAUAUAUUGCUCUUUAUAUUACACUUUAAUACACAUCUAAAAGCAUGUAUAUAUUUUUGAGCUAUGCAUGUGUGAAAUAAUUGUUUGGUUGUCUCAUAUGCUCCUGCAGGUGAUAGAGUCUCUGGGCAUAAUGGUCUACAAAGCUCUGGAUUAUGGGCUAAAAGAAAAUGAGGAGAGAGAGCUCAGCCCUCCUCUGGAGCAGCUCAUCGACCUUAUGACCAACAUUGCAGAAGCUGAGAGAGAUGCCUGCCCUGAUGAAGGCUAUGAUGCCACAGAGGAAGAGGAUGAAGCAAAAGAUGACCCUGACAACCUCUCCAGUAUUCACUGUUACAGAGACAUCCUCAAGGUACUGAUUUCAGGACUUAACUAGUGAAUACAGAGAGUUCAAGUGGGCUGACCAGGAUGUGAUGCACAGAAAGACUGGAAGAAUUAGAUCUCACAGAGUCUGAGUUACAUGGCACAACACACAACAAUAACUGAGACAACACGCUGAGUGGGAUUUCCAAGCUGAGUUUUUGCACCUGCAGAUAAAACUGAAGCUCUGCUGGGACAUAAUUAUCUGUGGUUUCUGUAGACUUAAUUUCAUUUUUUGAAUUUUGAACGAAGAAAGUCAUUUCUCCACCUGUUUGAACUUUGGUUAAGCAUCUCUCCAAAAGAUACCUUUAUUUUGAUUAUUACUUCACUGAGCUUUACUGGUGGGACAAUUGGGAGAGUUAAGAUUAAUGCUGACAGUCAAAGUUAUUAUAAUCCCAACAGAGAAGUUGAAUCAGGUUUUUUAGGCGAUAAGUCACGAUUGAUACAUAAAACAAAAGGGAAAGGGACCCAAGGCAGGUCUUCAGGAUAUAUUAAAGAAAAAUGGAACAAAGAAAACUCAAGCUGAAAACUCACAAGACAGGAAUACAAGGGAACAAUAGAGAACAGAAACACUAGAAAAAAUACAAAACCAGGAAAAAAUACAUACAACAACAUAUCGUGACACCUUUUUAAGUUUGCAUCGAUUACGAUCAACAGGGCAGUUGUGUACAAACCUAUACUCCAAUGAAGUUUGGACAUUGUGUAAAACUUAUAUUUCACCUAUAUUCAAUUGAAUCUUUUUAUGACUUUGUGGACUGUAGAUGAUCAAAUCACUAUAUUCCUGCAGUUUUACACUGAGAAACAUUCUUAAACUGUUGGAUUAUUUGCUCACACAGUUGGGUUCGCUACUUAGAAGUAGUGAACACGGCCUCAUCCUUGCUUGUAAAGGAUUGAGCCUUUGGGGAUGUUGACCCUGAACCAAUUUUUUUAGGAAUGUGUUACAUCAUUAAAUUCAAAAUAAGUGAAAAAAACAAACCAAAAAAAAAAAAGUUUAUCAGUUUGAACAUUAAGGGCUCUAUUUUUGUGCCUCACCGGAGACAUGCUGCAGGCACGGCAUAAGUCAGGUCUGCUGUGCCGACAAGGCGUUCCCAAGCACAAUUUGGCAUUUUGGUGAACAGCGCAGCCCGCGUAAGUAUCCCCCCUCCCUAACUCAGCUCUUCCCAGUGGCGUAAGUCGUAGCGAGGGAGGAGAGAGGGCGUGGAGUGGGUUUAACACAGCCGAGACCUGUAUUAACCAAUCACACCAGCUCCUCUCCUUGCCUUUAAAUCCGCCACAGGCGAGGCGUAUACCAUUUUUGUGAAGUAGUCAAAGAGAUCAAGAGAUGGCUAAUGACAGUAAUGCCACAAGAUGGCGACAGAAGGCAGCCCCUCAACAAGUGUCGCUGUAAGCGCUGCAUUGGGCGUCCUCCACACUCUCUCACUCUCUGAGCACAGAUGGAUUUGGUGUGUGUAAGUUUGGACCCACUGGUAAGACAAACACCCUUUUCCACAAAUAAAGACAUUCAAAUAAAGUUGCACAUAUUCAAACCUCACGUGACAAAGGUGGGUUUUGCGUACAGAUCACAACAUAAACUCCAAAAAUGGCAAUAAGAUCGGAACCAUCUGUGCGUAUAGGACGCAUCACGCUCCAUGGCCUGGCUCUUUCUUUCAUAGAUGUUGGCAUAUAAAAUAAAUUUGACUCACAAAACUGAAUAUUAUAAUAUCCGUAUGUCGGCUUAAAGUAGAUAACGCAUCUGAGCACUGAAACGAAUCAUCUGUUCAGCCGCCGCUGCAGCAGGACGGAGAGAGGACAUGGAGACGCUGCGCUCCGCCUGCGCUGAAAGCUGAACAGGUUUGAAUGGGCGAGCUUUCAGUUUGGCCGAUCUCGAUUUGCCUCUGUGCGCCUCAGUCCACGAAAAUACCAAACUGGCUGUACGCCGGGCUCCGCCAGAUGAAAAUACAACUGCGCGGGGUCGGCCACUGAGGCGCACCAAGAUCCGCCAAGCUGGGCGUGGUGGCGUGGCAGGAGGAGGUGUCGACAGAAUCAGCGGGCGCAGUGACAUUUUCGUUCACGCCACCGGCGUGUAAAGUGCGCUGAAAGCUCGCCCAUUCAAACCUGGUCAGCUUUCAGCGCAGGCGGAGCGCAGCUGGUCUAGAGGUUUUUUGGUAGACCGGCUGCGUAUGUGCAUACGUCACCGAUGCCUCACCCGCAGGUUCCCACAGUGUCAGGUACAUUUCAGUGCAAUAAAUAAUCAUCAACAACUAAUAAUCUGAGUCAGCACAUACAUUAAGAUCUAUAGAUAUAUUCUGAUCUAUAUCUGAUCUGAUGAGCGAGUUUGGCACGCGUUUGGACACACAACCUGACCGAAUCAUCACAGCUGAAGCCGCGUGAAAUUAAAUUAAAUAUCUAGUAAAUAGACACACAUGAUGAAGUUAAAAAGAUAUGUAAUUCGUCUCCCUCCUUUUCUUUCUUCCUUUUCCUCUUAUUUCUCGCGCAGCUCGACCCGGACAUGUCUCCAUGUCCUCUCCCCGUCCUGCUGCAGAUGCUGCUGCGGCGGCUGAACAGGUGAUUUGUUUCAGUGAUCAAAUGAGUUAUUUACUUUAAGCCUACAUACGGAUAUUAUAAUAUUCAGUUUUGAGAGCCAAAUUUAUUCUAUAUGCCAACAUAUAUGAAAGAAAGAGCCAGGCCACGGAGCGCGAUGCGUCAUUUACGCACAGAUGGUUCCGGUUUUAAUGCCAUUUUUGGAGUUUAUGUUGUGAGCUGUGCGCACAACCCACCUUUGUCACGUGAGGUUUGAAUAUAUGCAACUUUAUGUGAGUGUCUGUAUUUGUGGAAAAGGGUGUUUGUCUUACCAGUGGGGCCAACAUUACGCACACCAAAUCGUAAAUGUCAUACGCCUCACCGGUGGCGGAUUUGAAGGCGAGGAGAGGAGAGGAGCUGAUGUUAUUGGUCAAUACAGGUCUCGGCUGUGUUAAACCCACUCCAUGCCCUCUCUCCUCCCUCGCUACAUCGCACGCCACUGGGAGGAGCGGAGUUAGGGAGGGGGGAUACUUACGCCGGGCUGCGCCGCUUACCACAAUACCAAAUUGUGCUUGGGAAUGCCUUGUCGGCGCGGCGGACCUGACUUAUGCCGCACGUGCACCAUGUCUCUGGCGAGGCACGAAAAUAGAGCCCAAAGUCCUCGUUUUUAAUGAUCAUGAUAUCCAAACAACAAAGAUGAUUAUAGCCACGAGGUUUAAAAACACACACACUUACGUAUUGUAUUUACUGUGAUUAGAGGAUGUCUUUUUUUCUCUCCUCCUCACUCUCUUCUUUGUAGCUGUGCAGAGUUCAUCUACCCAGUCCAUCAGAUGCCACCACUCACUACCAGGCUGUUUGUCGGGCUUUGUACACGGAAACCAUGGAGCUACAUACCUUCCUCAAAAAAAUCACGAGUGCCAAAGAGGCAAGCGAUAUUUUAAUUUUUUAACAAAAUUCUGUGAUUGUGAUCAUGUUGAAGUUUAAAUACAGGUAUUUCCCAUUUAAACCUUGAAAAAGACAACAUUUUAAUGUCUGUGAUAACUGUUUUAUGCUUCUGUGAAUGAAAGUUUUCAAUUUAGGAACCAUCAGAGGGUAAAACUCAUAUUCAAUAAGUGAAGGGCCAUUGCUUUUGAGAGGGAUAGCUGGAUUAUAUCAUGAAAUUAUAUUAUAAUAAAGACACACAGAGGCUGCACUGAGUGUUUCUUGUCUGAACUGUUGCCUAAUCCUUAUCAAUGACUUUGAUAAGAGUUAAAACAUAAAUCUUUGUUAAUCACUUGUAUCAUCAUUUCACUAUUUGUCGAGACUCAUCAUCAGAGUAAGGUUCAAUCUCAUCAUAAUCUACCAAAGCACUUUGACACAUUUAACAGUGGCAUGGAGAAAAUCAUUUAAAUAGUCAGAAACUAUAAACAGAACCAGACAGUGAACAGCCAUCUGCCAAGACAAUGGUAGGUUUUGAAAAAAGACUGAUCAUGUGAAUACAAAAACAACUAGGAAAGCACUCAGAGAGCGCAGACCUCUGCCGAGCAGCUCAUGUCCCCCCUUAUAUUGUGAUUCACACCAAAACUUUUUUGUUACGUGUCUUUUAUUAACUUUUAUUUGUGUUUAAACUGGUAUGUUCACUGUUCAUAAUGUUCCUAAAACAAGAAAUGCCCUGACCUGUAUUUGAAUCCAGGACCUUCUUGCUGUGAGGCGACAGUGCUAACCACUACGACACUGUGCCACCCAUCUACUCCACUGUGCCGCCCAGUGGUUAUCUUUCAGCAUUGAAAAUUCCAGCGACACCCUUAUUUUUGUGUGUUCUGGAUCACAGUAUCCGGAAUUUUGUCUGGAUCAGGAUCAACCUUUGACACCUCAUAAAACUCAUUGAGAUCCUUUAGUGAUUUUUUUUUACUAAAGAUUCUGGCCAUUUUUAUAGAGUUAAAUGCAAAAAUUCUAAAAUUUGCCCUAUCUCACAAUGAUAGAGAAUACUUCAAAAAAUUCCUGGAUCCAGAAGGCGAUCCGGAUCACCACCAAAAUGUGGGGGAUCCUCCUGGGGCUGAGACACACCUCUGGUGAAAAUUUCAGGUCAAUCCGUCUGUAACUUUCUCCGUAGAGUUGCUAACAGACAAACAAACAAACCAACGCUACCGAAAACAUAACCUUCUUGGCGGAGGUAACAACAACAACAGGCACUCAACACACUUAGGGUCAAAGAAUGCUGGGCAAUGAAUCACAUCUCAGUUUCAGUUUCAGUCAAGCUCCUGAAAGAUCAUUAAACUGCGAUGAUCAGGAUUAAAGCUUGGGAGCAAAAGCAAUUUGCUGAUCUGGCUAAAGUCAACAGUGGGUGGAGGUAUCCUCAACAGGAUGUUAACAGCAUUAAUUUGUGAAGAAACUGGUUUUAGACGUAGACAUUGCCAGAAAACGGUAGUUGAUUUUGGUCAGAUUUCUUGAAAGAUCAAAUGAUGAGUCACUGGUUCUUUGAAAAAUAUAUUAGAUAUUUACAAAAUAUUUAGACUGAAUUUUGGCCUGUGUCUGGAUUAAAGAAAUAAUAUGUUUAGGGCUGAAGCUGUCCCCAAAGUAACUUGAUCACUAAAAAGCCUCAAGGCCAGCUGUUGAUGCCUCAUUUAAAUCUACAGUAAAUAAAUGUAAUAUGUUUUGCUACAUCACAUGGCAUGUUAGCAGGAUGGAAAUACCUUCUUCACUUUAUCCUUAUUAUGUUAUGGGGGAUUAGGUGCUGUGGGACAUGUUAUAUUCCUGAAGAUCUUUGAUCCUCCUUCUCCAGCAGGGACAGGAGUGAACUUUCUUCCUUGAACAGAAGUUGAAGUUCAGCUGUGUGUCCUUUUUGUUUGUCUGCUACCACUAAGAGCAUCCAUGUCCUGGUGUUUCUUGUGCCACUUUGUUAAUCAGUAGAUAUGAUGAGGGACAUUUGGGUAAAAAAAAAAAACAGUGAAGGUGCUUCACUUUACAGCUGCAAAUUAAAAUAAUACUGAUGAUACUAAAGGCUCCCACUGGUCACUGAAUAGUGUUACAUUAGACUGAAGGGCCUGUAGGUUAGUGCAUACAAGACAGAAAGAGCAGGUUUGUCCUUCAUGGCACUUCAAGUGAAACACUAAACUUUAUUGGCUGUCAUGGACUCGUUAAUGUCUAACUUGGCCUUAAUAAUCAAGGUCUCUGUUUCUCUUUCAUCAGAACCUUCGUAAGAUGGAGGAGGAGUCAUCAGUGGACUGCAGUCAAGACCUUAUUGAGCUACAGAAUGCUGACUGGGUAAGUUAAUUGACACUUGACCUUGGACCAUCCACCUCACUGAUGAUCUAAAUCUCUAACAAUGACCAACUCAAAAAGAUAUCCAAGUUUAGACAACACAAACAACAAUAAUAAUCAGAUUAACCACAAGCAAUCGUGAUUUCAAUAGCAUUUACAAAUAAUCAGGAUUUUGUUUCUUACCAUAAUCAAGCAGCCCUAGUGGACAUACAGUUUUCAGGACUCUGUGGCUGUGUCUCAAUUCAAGGUCUGCACACAGCUAAGUAAACUCCUUCGUGCACUGGCCUUUGAUUGCACCCUGAGUACCCUGGGUGAGGUGAUUCGACUGUUGUGAAUUAGGACGGUCUACCCUUCGGAGGACUUCCUGGUUGAGUCACCAAAUGUCCCUGCCCUCAGGCUCACAUCACGACUGACUUGAAGAAAAGGUUGUUUUUAAUUGUGCGACCUUGCAUACAUACAAUACACAUACAAAACAAAAGGCACAGACACAAAACAAUGCAUACAUACAAGCACACAGGAGUUACUAUACAACAAACAAGUGACAACCAAAAAGAGGAAAGGACUUACAGAUCAUUUCCACAAAAUUCAUCCAAUGUUGGCAUGUGUUUUGUACAGAGUAUGAGGGCCACAUUGAGAAUGAUUUUUUUUAAGUCUUUGAUAUCAAAGUCAUGAAUUUACGAGAAUAAAGUCAUUAAUUUAUAAGAAUAAAGUCAUAAAGUUAUCUGUAAUUUCAGAGGAGAGUUGUUAAAAUUAGGACCAUGAAGCAUUUGAAGGAACUGUGCUUCAGUAUAGGUUUCACAAACAAGGAGAUACUUCAUCCUUUGGCACAUCAGCAUUACAUUGUCAUAAGCAGGCGUUUUAGAAGAAUAUACAAGAAAUGCAUCUUCUCCACAGAAAAAAACAGGCAGACUUGUAGGAAAUCACUGCUUUUGUGGAGAUUGGAUGUUUCUUCAGAAACCCCAAAAGCCCUCUGGAUGGCCCGCUGAUACAUCCACCGAUAAUCCUGCAGUUGACCAGUUCCAGCCGCCAGCCCCCUCUAAUGCUCUAAUAUGUUAGAGCAUAUUCACUCAUAUGUUAGAGCAUAUUCACCCACUAUCAUUAACUUAGUGUUCCUAGCCUGAUUCAGAUUUUUUUAUUAUUAUUUACCUAUUAUUAUUUAUCCUCAUUAUUAUUUAUCCUCAUUAUUUUAUCAUCAUUUAUUGCAUGUAUGUUGUACCAUAAUUUAUCCUGUAAUAAACAGAUCAUUAUUCUUCUAAUCUCCUGUCUGUUAGUGUUCUUCCAGAAGUGGAGUCCCUGAAAUGAGAAUUUCGGUGUAAGAUAUGAGAUUGAGUAAGUUAAGAUUGACUUAAUGUUUGAUUUCUGAAUUAAACUUGUUUUCCUUUAUUUUCCCACCAUUAAGGAUGGGUGGUGCCCCUUUCAACGAGUGCAUAAAUGUCAUAAUUUGAGAUUAUUAAUCUUCAGACAUUUAUUAUAAAUUCAAAUCGCUACGGCGUGUAGCUGGAAAGUUUUGGUCAGAACUUUGGUUGUAAUGUUUCUUUGCACAUUUUUGAGUGGGUAUACAGAAAUUUGUGUACUUUACUCAUGGGUGUACGGUGUAGGCUAUACCUGUGUAUUACAUAGUUCUUUUCUAAAUGGUAUACUGUUCGGUCACCAGGCGCAGAUUUGAGUGAGUAAAGAGGCAGCAGUAGCUCAGGAGGUAGAGUGGUCAUUCAAUAACCGGAAGGUGGUUUGCGGUUUGAUUCCCCCUUAUCCUGAGUCUGUCUGUUGUGUCCUUGGGCAAGACACUUAUCCGUCCUUGCUCCAAGUAUGUGUGUCCUCCACUGGUGUAUUAUUGUGAGUGUUGUGUGGUGGUGGUCAGAGAGGCCGUAGGCACUAACAGCUGUGACUGCUAAGGUAGUUUACUGCUUUGAGAUUACUGACGGAAAGCGUCAUAAAAUCUGAUGCAUUAUUAUUAUUAUUAUUAUCAUUAUUAUUAUUGUUGUUGUUGUUGUUGUUGUUGUUGUUAUUAGAGCCUGAGCUGACUGUUGUGUUCUUGGAUUUUCUUUAUUUUCUUCAAAGAGGCGCUGCGCCUCCAAGUGAAUCUGCGGCACGCAAAGAAUUCUGGGAUUUCAAAGCCGCAAAGUGUGAAUGAAUGACUGCUUGAAAAAGGGGCCAGGGCAGGGUGGGGGCAGCAUGGUUUUAUGUGCACUCAGAAUCGCAGGCGAUAUAGGACGUGAUGACGUCACAUGCACUGUAAAUCCACACUGCUUAGUGUGCAGACCCUGAAUAAAGACACAGCCUGUAAGCAUGUUCAAGCCCUAAAUAAAAUCUCAAAGGAAGUUCUAUGAGGUCCUUGUACGAUUUUAGUGCUGGGGCCUGUCUAUGGUCGGUUUCUGAAUUUUCUGCUGCAGCUAUCAUAUUUUAUCAUCUAGAACAAGAGGGCAAAGCUGCAAAGAAAUCAUUCCAAAUAAAAUGUUUGUUCUAACUCAAUAACUCCAUCUCCUAGUACCACAUGGUGCUGAAACCUGUUUGAUACACUGAGGUGGGGACUUAGCGGGAUCAGCAUUCUCAGUAAUGCAUCUGUUUAAAUAAUGAAUAAGGAGAUCUACAACACCACACUGCGAUAUGCUGUACAACUUUAAUAAACCCUUUCUCUGUGUGUAAUCACAGUAUUUUUUACUUUCUUUUUUCCCCUUAGGCUCGAUUCUGGGUUCAGGUCAUGAGAGACCUGCGUGAGGGAGUCAAGCUGAAAAAGGUCCAGGAGCGCCAGUACAAUCCUCUGCCCAUCGAGUACCAGUUAACACCCUAUGAGAUGCUCAUGGACGACAUAAGGGCCAAGCGCUACAAACUGCGUCAAGUCAUGGUGAGAGUCACAUGACCUCUUCAGAAGAAUCCACACCUCUCACAGAGUUAUUGUUGAAUCCUCAGAGGAAGGGUUCAAUAGAGCUUUUAGCACAGCAGCAUGUUAAUUGAGCAAAGGGGGGGGUGCUUUAAACUACAAAAUAGUUGGUAAACUGUACAUAAAAUACACACCUGAAAACCAUACAUGAUUAUUGCAAAAAAAAAACAUUGUAGACAUGAAAAGAUAACUAAAGCUGAUAGCAGCAUUAAGCUGACCCUUACAAUCAGCACUCUGACAAACCACAAUUUUACACCUCACAUAUUAAGAAAAUGGCUAUUUUGUCUCUACCUUUCUGCCUGUGUUAACCUCAUAUAUAUUAUUUUUAUCCUGUUUCUGUUUUCAGGUAAAUGGAGACAUUCCACCAAGGUUAAAGAAGAGCGCUCAUGAAGUAAUUCUGGACUUUAUCCGAUCCAGACCACCUCUCAACCCUGUAAGUGUAACUUUAAUGGACUUGGGAGGAACCCUUGGUUCUAGUAAAAACCAAACCUCCUUUUCCUUGAGUUGUUCUGAAAGACAAUAGAAGGAAAUGUGUAUGCCAAACUGUCUCAUUUCUACUGGUUCAUUGUGAGCUUAACCCCACUGUCCACUGGCUUUUCACUAUAUGAAGUGUUACUGAAGCAUUCUUCGUGAAAAUCUGUAUCACCAAGAAGAUGCCUUGUAAUGUCACCAAUACAACACCCCUUUAUAAAACCUCACUGGUCAUGUGUAUCACAGAAGAGCAGUACUGGUGGUAUUCAAAUUUUUGUAAUUUACAGGAUUUCUGUCAUGCUCUACAUGUCUUGUUUGAUAGCAGUGGGAUGAUGCCUUUCUUCUGUGUAUCUGAUGAUACUCUCUGACUAACCAUCAUUACUUUGCUUUAGGUGUCAGCUCGUAAAUUGAAGCCUCAGAGUCAGGCUCCUCCGACUCUGCAUGAGCGUAUUCUGGAAGAAAUCAAAGCAGAGAGGAAACUUCGGCCGGUCUCACCUGAGAUUCACAGGAGAAGGCUUGGUGAGAAAACUCAAUAGUGAGAGGAAAUAGAAAAUGCACUGAUGGUUGAUGGUUUAAAUUUUAGGGGAAAAGUUAUCCAAUGCAACCUGGCCCUAUGUGAAAAAGUAAUUACCCCCUAAAUCUGAUUGCUGGUUCUUUCACUCUUGGCAGCACCAACUGGGAUCAGGCAUUUGUGAUGCUGAAAGCAGGUCUUUCUCUUGGCUGUGGAGGAGUUUUGACCCACUCUUUUUUGCUGAGUUGUUUUCAUUCAGCCAUACUGGAGGGCUUUCCAGCAUGAUGGCCGAACCUUCUCCUUCAGGAUUUUCUGGUAUAGAACAGGAUUCGUGGUUUCAAAAGUUAUGGCGAGUGGUCCAGGUCCUGAAGCAGCAAAGAAGCCCCAGACCAUCACACUGCCACCACCAUGUUUGACUGUGGGUCUGAUGGUGUUUUUCUGAAAUGCUGUGUUAGUUUGACUCCAGAUGUAAUGGGAUGCAGAUGCUCCCGAAAGUUCCACUUUUGUCCGGUCAGUCCUCAGAAUAUUGUCCCAGAAGUCUUUGGGGUCAUCAGGAUGUUUUUUGGCAGAUGUGAGACAGGUCUUUGAGGUCUUUUUGGUCUAGAGGGUUUUGGUUUUGUAGCUCUCCCAUGGAUGCCAUUUUGGCUUAGUCUGUUUCUCAUUUUUGAAUCAUCAACUCUGACCUUAACUGAGCCAACUGAGGCCUGCAGUGCUUUAAACAAACAGUAAAAAAGACAAAAACAACCAUCUAAAGAAACAAACAAAACCAAAAGAGGGGAAAAAAGAGAGACCAAAGAAAGACAAGGGUAACAAAAGCUGCAAGCAGCUUUGAACAGACCUUCGCACCAUCGCACACCAUAGGGUCCACAGGAGAAGGCUUGGUGAGAAAACUCAAUAGUGAGAGGAAAUAGAAAAUGCACUUUUUAAAUGAUGGUUUAAAUUUUAGGGGAAAAGUUAUGCAUCACACCAUAGGGUGUGAUGCAUGUUGGUGUUUGGGAAAUACUAAAAAGAAGUGAUACGUGGACCUAAUUGUAAUUCCUAAGAGUAGUAUUUUUCUAGUAUGGCCUGGACCUCUGAUGGCCUAAUGUGUACAAAAACUCUUGAAACUUCAGAUCAUCAGAUCAGAUCUGGCGGAGAAUUUGAUAUUUUUAUGGUUUUGGACAUGGGUAUGAAAAUUAGCUCACUAGUGCCCCCGAGAGGUUUUCAACAGUCCAGCCCCUUCCAGCAUUUUCAUGACAAAGAUUAAAUUUUUAGCUGCAUCCUGUUAGCUUAAGAUAUUUUCAUGAUAUUGCUGUUGUAACGGGUAUUGUAUGGACCCAAAUGCAGUACAAACAAGGCACAGAAUCGAUGUUCAGUCAAUAGAUUUAUUAUCGAGAAUCUGGCACAGAGACAGUUCAAUGGCUGGGCAGGUGGCUUGGUCAGGGCAGGCAGAAGUUCAAAAAACGGGAGGCAAGCAGACCAGGCAGCCAAUCGAAAGGGGGGCAGGCAGAGCUCAUAGUCAGGAACAAAAGGCUGAGGUAAUUUACCAGGAGGCAGGCGAAGCAGGCAGGCCGUAGACAGGCAGGGUCGGCAUGGGGAAGACAGACAAACAAACAAACAAACACUGGAAAGUCUCGCGUAGCAAAGAACAAUCUGGCAGUGAGUGAGUGUGAGUUUGGAGAAUAUAUACUGAGCAGAAGGCAGGGGAGCUGAUUAGUGAGUGAGGGCAGGUGUGUGAUUACUGAGUGAAGGCAGGUGUGUUAUCAGUGACUAAGAGUGGGUGUGGUAAUCAGGGAGUGGGUGUGGUGUGAGCAGGACAGUGGAAAAUUACUGAGUCCAUGGAGAAAGGCUGUAGCAGACUGUGACAGCUGUGAGAUUGUACACUACGUAAGUGACAGUAACCAUACAUUAGCCUUGCAUUAGGCUAGCUGUUCUGAUAUGUAACACGUCAACGUAAUGAACUAAAAGGGAGUCAUGUCGCCACACUUGAUUUGUACAAAAGUUUCAUGGCUAACUCACAUUUGUCCUUUGGUUUCUACUCCCUGAUGACCCUCUUGUGUGUGUUUUUCUUUUUUUCAGAUGAGUUUCAUCCAUUCUUGGGAAGGCGGGUGUCCAGCUCUCUGUCUUUGAUUAAUGGAUCAACAUCUCCAAGGGUUGAACCAUCAGGUUCUCAGUCUGUACCUCAGAGAAAGAGGCUUCUUAAAGCUCCCAGCUUUACAGAGCUGGACAGCUCAGAUUCUGAUGUUAGUAUGAAUAUGUGGAUCUGUUAGGACUCACUUCCUCUUUGUAACAGUUUGUAAUAAGAGCUGUUGUAUAUAUCACUUCUUUUUUUCUUUCUUUUUACCUAGUUUGUAUUAUUUUUUGAUUUACUCCUCUUUUGGAUUCUAUUUUCUACUCUUACUCAUAUUGUGUUUCUACUCACUAUGUCUGCGUUACAUCUUCUCAUCUGGAGAUCAAUACAGUAUCAUCUUAUCCUGGUUACUGUCACAUGUAUUGAUCAAUUUUGUAUUCCUUUUAGGAUGACAUCGCUGGGUGGCAUUCAGCCAGCAGCUCCAGUAUGGCCACAUCCAUGGUGGAUGACACAUCUCCAGAGUCUGUGCUGGGGAAAAAGAGUAAGAGUUUGUUCAUCUGUUUUUUUUACAGCUAAUUCCACCUCCGGCCUCAAGUGUUCACAGCUUGUGAUAAUUGACUUUUUAAACAGACAGCCUCAGCAGCCACUGUCUCUUGAGAUGUUACUCUUGGCUGCAGUUUAAGAUCAGAAUCAACUGAUGGGUAAAAUCCUUUUAAUGAAGCCAACUUGUUUCCUGUCCUUUACUUGUCUUUUUUCCUUGUUCCUAGCUCCCCCUAUGUUCCUGCCCAUUUCCUCUACACCCCAGCCAGAGAGGCGUCAGACCCAACAAAGACGACACUCUAUUGAGAAGGAAACUCCCACCAAUGUUCGACACUUUCAGCCACCGUCCAAACAAAACUCCAAAUCCCUGGUUAGUUUGAUAUUGUUGCUCACUGUGUACUCUAUGAAAAAAAAAGCCACAUUUACAAGGAUUUGAUCCAGCCCACAGACGCUGGUACUGGAGUAUAAAGAAUUAGUACAAAGGACAUCAGAGAUACUUAAUCAUAAUUUCAGGCAUGCAGACAUUUUGUUUGGUAACUCUUAAUGCCAACAGUGUCACAUAAAUGUGUUUCAGAAGUUAAUAAAUUAUGAUAUUAAUAUUUCAUACCUCCUUUAAAAAGUUGGGCACCACCUCCAUAAAGGAGGCAUCAGAUAUUUUAAUGUUUAUCAAUUGGAUCAAUGUCAUCACUUAAGUCAGUACAUCCUCUCUCAACUUUAGACAAAGUUACACAGACAAAACAUUUGGGUUUAUAUGAAUAUUUUAAACACAAAAAUGAGGACACAACAGGUGAAUGGGUCUACUUUGUAACAUCAAUAAAUGAUUAAUACCUGAAGUAAUAACAUGAAUAGGCUAACUAAAAUGACUGAAAGCUUACACAAGUAGUAAUAGAGAACAGAAAGAAAUGGCGUUAAGCCAUGACGGGAUCAAGUGUGCAGUAAAGGAAUACAACAAUGAUCACAGCAGCUGGUAACAUUUCGGGGCAGGGGGUGGGUCCAAAUUACAGCUCACAGCCUGUGGCGUCAGCAGAUGGCACAGGGUUGGAAAUAGCACCAUGUUUUUCAGGCCCUUAAUUACUCACCCCAGUGAACAUGUUCAGGAGAUAAAGGGCUCUAUUUUCGUGCCCGCCGGCGGUGCAGCGGACGGUGGUGCACCUCACGCAGUGGUAUUUUUGUUUGGUGGAGUCCAGCCAGCGCACAGCCAGUUUGGUAUUUUGUAGACUGAGGCGUACUGAGGUGGCCAAGCUGGGCGGAAGUGUCGAUAGAAUCAGCUGCCGCAGUGACAUUUUCGUGCUCGCCGCUGGGUGGAAAGUGCGCUGAAAGCUCGCCGUUUCAAACCUGGUCAUCUUUCAGCACAGGUGGAGUGCAGCUGGUCUAGUGGUUUUUUGGUAGACCGGCAGCGUAGUGUGCAUAUUUCACCGAUGCCUCACAGGCAAUUUCCACAGUUUCAGGCACAUUUCAGUGCAAUAAAUAAGCGUGUUUGGCAUGGGUUUGGACACUCAACCUGACCAAAUCAACACAGCUGAAACCGCAUUACAAGAUAUUUAAUUGGUCUCCCCCCUUUUUCUCCGCUCGCGCAGCUUGACCUGGACAUGUCUCCAUGUCCUCUCCCAGUCUUGCUUCUGCUGCUGCAGUGGCAAGACUGACCACCGCGUUCCGAUUUUAAUGCCAUUCCGGGAAUUUAUGUUGUGAUCUGUGUGCACAACCCGCCUUUGUCAUGUAGGGUUUAAAUAUAUGCAAUUUAAUAUGAUUGUCUUUAUUUGUGAAAACGGGUUUUUGUCUUACUGGUGGGUACAACCUUACACACACCAAAUCCCUCUGUGCUCAUUUGAGAGAGUGUGAAGGACGCCCUCUGCAGCGCUUAUAGCAACACUUGCUGAGGGGCUGCCUUUUGUCACCAUGUGGCAUUGCUGUCUUCAGUCAUCUCUUGAUCUCUUCAACUACUUCACGAAUAUUGUAAUAUGCCUCGCUGGUGACGGAUUUAAAGGUGAGGAAAGGAGCUGAUAUGAUUGGUGAAAACAGGUCUCGGCUGUGUUAAACCCACUCCAUGCCUUCUCUCCUCCCUCUCUAUGACUUACGCUGCUGGGAGGAGCUGAGUUAGGGAGGAGGGAUACUAACGCUGGGCUGUGCUGCUCACCAAAAUACCAAAGUGUGCUUGGGCACACCUUGUCGGCGUGGCCGACCUGACUUAUGCCGCACCUGCACCACGCCACCGACGAGGCACGAAAAUAGAGCCCAAAGUGUCACUUGUUGCAGCACAAGACAUCAGUUGAGUUUGCUGCUUCAGCUGAUGAAAGGAGGUCCUGGUGACUAUUGCAUUUUGGAAAUUAUGACUGAACACAUUAACAAACAGACUGAAUAAGCAGAGGCAGAUAAAAAUGAUCUAAGAGGAGAGGCUGGCAGCAAUCAGCUGAGGCUGGGAGGCUAUAUAGGGACGAUUUCAACUCUGUCAGUUGACAGUCUAUCAUGAAUAUUUUAUUUGAAUUAAAAGAGAUUUCUGUAUUUGGUGCCUUAAACCAAUUAUUAUAUCUUAUGUGAUCUUGGACUCACAUCUUGUUGUUUUGGGGUCAAAUCUUUUCUUCAUCAUUUUGAUAGACUUAGUGGGUGUCUUUGAGGAAGUUUCAUUUUCCACUUACACCUUUUGGAAGAUAAGAUGGCUCAUUUUUGAUUUAAUCCAACAGUCAUCUGUGAAAUAAUCAGAUGUUUCUCUUUCUCUAGCAUAUUGGUGAUCUUUGGAUGUUAAUAUGAACCAGAGAGUGGCUGAAUACUAAUGUAAACUGUGGUCUGGUGUCCGCUGGAGGGCUGUCAAAUGUUUUUUUUUUCUUUCUUUUUUUCUUUUUUUUAACUUGAGCCAAAUAUGACCUGAUCUCUUUCCUGAUUAUCUUUGUAUUUAGUCUGUGAGGCAGUUCAUUUAUCAGGAAGCUGUGAAAUGACCAAAGUUAGUAAGAAUAUAUUACGACCUGGAACACCAAACACCAACUAAGGUCUACAUUUUUACUCAUUCUUCCAUCACCUUCACCUCCAUGCAUACAUCUGCAUGUAAUAGGCCAGGUCAUAACCAAUCAGAGAGCUUGUUUCAUGGCUUAUUUGCAUUGCUUUAUCUGACUUCAAAGAAAUGUUUUUAUAACAAUAUCUGUGACCCUUGCAGUCCAUUAUGAGCAGGUCUCCUCUCCAUUCAGAAACUGUUGCAUUUUUCCAGUUGGCUUGGAGAUGUGAAUGCACUCAUGAUCAUUGCACAAUCCAGUGUGCAGUGUUUCAUGAACUCACUGUCAUUCAUUGUUUGAAGGGUAUUUCUUCAGUCUUAAUGUCUCUCUACCUUUUUGCUGGAGAAACUCCUAAGCCUCUGAAAAGUCCUUCUCAGUUCUUCACCAUGGGUGCUAGUUUGAACUUUGUGGAGAAAUUCAAAUCCAAGGUCAUUAAGGGUCUAUCAGUUGUACACUAGGAAAAACUCUUUUGAACACAGUUAUUGGUAUUGUUAUUUUGAGAGGCAGAUUUGAUCAUGCAGAUACUGAGACAUACAAUUUAUUAGUCACUCUACUACAGUGGCUCAUAUUUGAACUGUUGAAUAAACUGAGAUAUACAGUUACCUUGUAAACUGUAGAGGGUCACUGUGCCUGUCUUUAUAUUAAAUCAUAGUCACUGAACCUUGCGUGCUUGUUCUGCUGCUGUUUGUGUCACUGUCUGUGUGCUCUUGUUUACUUGUUUCUCUACAGGAGGAGUUUUGUUUCCCUGUCGAAUGUCUGUCACUGACAGUGGACGAGGUGAUGCACAUAAGACAAGUUCUAGUUAAGGCAGAGCUGGAGAAAUUCCAGCAGUACAAAGAAAUCUACAACGCUAUGAAAAAAGGAAAGGUAAGUGUUGUGGUCUUUGUUGUAGGAAAGAGCACGAUGGGGUGGCGUUCAGACAGCUCACUCACAGCAGCUCCACCAGUAUAAUUUUCUCAAACAUGCUGAUGUCUGUAAUACUUUAUUUUCAUAAUGACCUGUUUUUUUUUUCUUUUGGCAGCUUUGCUUCUGUUGUCGAACCAAAAGAUUUUCCUUUUUUACCUGGUCCUACAUCUGUCAGUUUUGCAAAAAGUAAAUAAACUGACCUGAAUUUAUUCAUUUUAAAUCAAAAUCAGAAGAAAGUGUGUUUUGUGUUUUCUCAUUCACUCUGCUUUCUGUUUUUUUAUUCUACUCUCCAGGCCAGUGUGUUCACAGUGCUGCAAAAAGGCAAGUUAAACAACUGACUCACGUUCCUCUAAAAUAUGGUUUCUAUUAGGUGAAAUGACAGAAAGAAAGUCACAUUCAAGACAUUUUCAAAGCAAUCUCAUUACAGUAAAUGAGCUUAAAAUACUAGAAAUAGAAAAGGACAUGUUCUAGCUGAGAAAUAUCUGAGUCAGAGGCAGCCUGAUCUCCUUUAUGUAGUAUAGGGGUAGUAAGAGGUAAGAAGGUACAAGUUAGUGUUUUUUUUUUUUCCCUGGUAGUAUAUGGAAAUCAAGAGUUAAAUUCUUAACAUCCCAACCUCAAGUAAAUCAUUACACUAUUAACCCUUCACAUGCCACACAGCUUAUCUUAAGCAAAAUACACUGUUUUCAUUCCUAACAGAUGCGUCUGCCUCCCAAACCUUAUUCAAGUUUACCCAUCUACUCUAUUGGCUCAACCAACACUCUCCCCAGGGAGAGGUUAAGUUCUAUGGCUGCAGUCGGACAGGGGCUCUCUGUGGCCGGAGGACCAGUGGGAGGAGCUUUGCCACACUCUAACGUGAAGGCACCACUGAAAGCAUCCAAAGCGCCUGAAAGAGCCUCAGGAGCAGCAGCUGCAGCAAACUUGGACAAAAAAGCUUGCAGCAAACAACGCCAGAGCAUUCAGAAGACCAUGUCCAAGUGAGAGCUCUGAACACAUUUAUUCUGUCUGAGUGCACUUUAUGUUGUAUCAAUAUUAUGAAGUGAACACCAAAACACCACAGACAACAAAAACCAGAGACACUGCAUUUUCUAUCACUGAAAGACCACAUUAAAUGUCGAAGCUGUUGAGAUAACUGCAGUCAGUGCACUUUGAAUUUAGACAUUUAACUCUGCUGUAUUGCUGUUCCAAUAAAAAGAUUUCACAGUGGAAACACACAGCAGGAGUUUUACCAGGACAGAUACAAUCACACACUCGGGCAUGCACACACAAACAGGACUGUUAUGUCCUGCUGGUUUCAGAGGCUAAAAUCAGUAGUUUUUGAGUCCUGCUUGAGCCAAAGCUGUCCCCCUGUUUCUGUUUCUUUAUUUCCAAAAUUAAGAAUAAGACCAUGACACAAUCAUACAGGAAAAACAACUCAGGAAUUACUGGCCAGUUAACGAAACAAAUUGGCUGAACGUGUGCUUAACUGUGGCAUCUGCACUAAAUAUACUUAUAGUCAUUACAUGUACUGAUAUCAUAAAAAUAAAAAGGGUUACAUUUGAAUAAAGAUGACACAAUAAAGUAAUCUAUUUGAAUCUGCAUUAAAGGUCUGUUUCUGUCCCACACAGGUUGUCAAAGCAUGGCUCCUUAAAGUCACAUGAAGAACUGGAGCUCCCCCUAGAGCUGACUGAAGACUGGGCUACCAUGGAGAUCUGCGUGGACUGCAAGAAGUUCAUCUCUGACAUCAUCGCCUCCAGCAAGCACAGCCUAUCACUUGCCACCAAGAGGGCUCGCUUGAACCGCAAGACCCAGUCUUUCUAUUUAUCCUCCCCUCAAGGAAGGGAGGAGUAUCACCCAUCUGAAAAAACAAUCAAGGAGAUCUGAACUUCUAAUCUUUGGCUGCCUGAAGCCAUCAUCAAUGGGUACAAUCUAUACACUAUACAAGUACAGUUCAGUCCAACAGAGCACUGCAGGAUGGCUGAAAACUCAGAGGUUGGUGUUUCAGUUGAAGUUGCUGGGCCCAAACCAUCGAGUUUAGACCUUAGACUGUAUAUACUAUGGACGACGUGACUCCGCCUCCUGUCAUUAUAUGAAUUCAAAGCCAAAUUGCUCUUGCUACGCAAUCUUAGUACGCCCAUAGGCUGUAUCAAGUGCUUAUCAUAGAAAACACUAACCCCCCCGAUAUCCUUUAAAAAGGAGCUGCACAGAAAAAAGAAUACUUAAGAAGAACUUUAUUAAUCCCCGAAGGAGCACAAACCAGCCUUACAAUAACUGCGUGUCAACAUCACAACCAAGGGAGAGAAAAAUUUAUAUUCUGUGUAAAUGAUUUCUAAAGUUUGUCCACAGCUCCAUAGGGAUUGCUGGAGGAGGCGAGAUUUAUGACCUAUACUGCACUAGAGGGUGCUGUUCUCGCUUCAUCCAGUAAGGAGGCAGAUAAUGUCCAUUCUAUAUACAGUCUAUGGUUCAGCCCCUCCAGGUUCAGUCUGAAGGAGCUGAACAUGAUGGUAGACUUUAAAAUCUUGAGUUGAGGUUUCUUAAAAAUACUGUGAUGAAAUUUUAGCUGGUUACCAAAACAGACUAAAAUUUCACUGAUGUGUCCUUUCAACAUGAGUGAAUAAGACCACCAGUAAACAGACUGACAGGGUUUAACAGCACACAGACAGGAACAGCUUUUGUGUACUACUUCCACUUACAGACUCAAAGUAGAAACUAAAGUUGUUUUUUUUUCCUCCUGAGGAGCAACAUCAGAGUUACUACUCUGAACUCUAAUAUUAGUGUCUUUCUGAGUCAGUCCAAAGUCUGCCUUUUAUUUUAUCUUUUAAUGUUUCUGAUGUCUGUCUGAUUGGUAUCAUCAUUACCUUCAUCAUUACUAUAUGGAGUAGUCAUGCGAUAAAUAGAAUAUUUUAUUGUAUCAGUUUACAAAGUUGUGAAAUCAAUGUCUUAUGCUGGUAAAAAUGACAUCCAGAAUAGGUGUUGAACAAACACAGCUCUCCUCCAAGUACUCAGUGUGUUUAUGAAUUGGCUAACAGCUGUCACUGCUCUUCAGUCUAAUGACAAACAUUGAAGUCAUGUCUCUAAUUAAGCCCUUACAUGUGUUGUCUGAAUGAAACAAAACACCUGGAGACAACUGAGCAUCUGUCAAAAGCUCCUCGGACCUCAACACUCUGGAGCAACCAUGAUGUUCUGUUCAGCUGGUAAUCACCGGCAAAGCUGUUGUGCUUGUGCAUGUUAGCGUUAGCUCACACCAUCACUGCUUGGGUUAUAAAGUACCUUCGCCCAAGUUCGCAUGAGCAUAAGCUCAAUACAGUCACAGAGCAGCUGAGAGGGUCAAAUUUACUUGACAGAUAGCCGUGGAGUUACAAGACAGCACACCUUCUUGGACGAACAAUCAUACAUCAACAAUGCCUGCUGUUCUUCUUACUGUACGUAACACGCAUGCAAAAUUUUAUAGACCUAUGUAUGUCAGCUGAUAUAUAGGGUGCUCUGUUUACAGACAGCCACUUCUCCCAGGCUUAUUGCACAUGCCCAAAUGUCCAAGUGUGUGCAGGAGAAAGAGAGAGAGAGAGCGAGCAGAUAGGUGAGUGAUUCAUGCUGAUGUGAAGUCUUGGUCUGUCCUGUACACAGACAUUUAUAGCAUUCCCUGCGUGUCAUAUGGGGUUACUGUAAAGAUAUACAGUAUAUAUAGAAUACAAAUAGCAUUUUUCCACAGUACAAGUGCCAGAUUUGCAGGAAUUUAAUCUUUUGUGCACAAUACCUGCUAUUCUGCACCAAAACUUAGGUCAAAGGUCUUCUGAUCUUUUCAAGAAAUCAGACAGGAGUGGAUGUAAUGACCUAAUCAUUGUCUUAAAGUUCAAUGAUUGCCCUUCACUCUAUUGGCCGAUAUAUAACUCUAUAUAACCCAACUCACAAUCAAAAGUAAAAGCACAAAAGUAUAAAUAUAUUUUUAACUUCCUCAUUUAUAACAUGGAGUAAAAAAGGGAAUAUGAUAAAUAUAUUUUAUAUCGGUAUUAAAUUUGGGUUUUAUAGUGACUGUUUGAUGAUUGCUCUAAAGCUGACCUUUGUUUGUUUAUUUGCAGUUUUCUUUGUCCGGUAAUUAUCAAUCAGAUACCUUAAACCAUACAGCGCCUAAUUAAUAUUUCUUUUCUUAUUCCCAUGCCACAAAAUUACAGCAAGGAUCUCUGUCUGCCACCAUCAUAUUGUACUGUAUCACUGUCUAAUCAGCGUCUAAUACUAUCUUUUGCUAGUUAACGGUGUUCAGUCUAAGUAGGGUGCGAAGGAAGUUUAAUAAGUCCCUGGAUUAAAAUCUGGGAUGUUCAGCGCAGGAACGGUCAGCCCACACACCCUCUCCUCACUUACUAAAGGUUUUUCUUAACUGGAAGUUAUUUGAUCAGACUUUGUGAAUAUUCCUUUUUUUUUCAAUCACAGUGUCAGCACUUAUUCCUUUCAGGGACUUGGUCUGCCUGCAAACAGACACAACACUGUCCCACUGUCCUCCUGUAAACACAAACACAUACAGGCCAUUGUUGAAAUAUGUUGAUGCAUGUAUUACUGUCAAAAGAUCACUAGAGAUCAGUCGGCCUAUAUGUACGGUUAUUGGCCUUUCAUAGCUAUUGGCCCUCACGAGGCUGAUAUCACAGAGAUCUCUUGAAAAAUCCAUUUUUAAUCCCCAAUGACAGCAAAUCCAACUAAAAACAGUCACAGGCUAAUGCUGACUGUAAACUCUGUUAUAAUGUACAGAAUAAUGUAGUCUGGUGUUGCUCCUGAUAGAAAUACCAGUUGUGUUUACUGGAUGGAUUUGAUAUUUUAACGUGUUUGCAAUAAUGGAGUUAAAGAGGGGGUAUUAUGCAUUUUUUCAGACUCUAUUCUUUCUCUUUGAUUCUUUCUAAUAGCUUAACAUGAGCUUCAUGAUUUUCAGAUCAAAAUAAGCCUCCUGUUUCUCACUCUGGUGUACUAAAAUAUCAUUAUUUCAGCCUUUGAAACACUUGGUUUUAACUGCUGUCUCAACUGUGCUGGGAGCACAGAUUAACUCAUAAGGAGAGCCUAUUGUAAUGACAUCAUUAGUUAUUAAGGCUCAUUGAGAUAUCAUGAGUUCUCCCAACAAACAGUUUUGAACAGUUUACAUCUAUUUCCUCGGAUUAUGAUAACAUACGUUUACCUCGUGAUUUGAAAAUUUACAUACAUCUUGUUUGGACACCAAACGUUGUAACUUUUCUCCUCUUUGAUCAUUUAUCAUGGCAGGAUAGAAAUCCAAAAGUCGCCUUGGCCAACAUUUUACCAAGCCAAAUUUCUGUCUAAUUUGUUCACUCGAGCUGAGCACUUUUUUUUCUUACAAAAAACAAAAACAAGCAAAAAAAAGGGAAAAAAAUCAAACAAAAAAUUACACAAAAAAUCUUUUAAAAAAAGAUAUCAGCAUUAUAUAUCAGCUAUCGGCCAACUUGCUCUCAUAUUAUGGGUAUUUGUCUCAUCUCGUGGAAAAACCUCAACCUCCAUUAAAAACACUGAAGCACAAGUGUUUUUCUUAAUCAAGAGUGGUGCUUAUAUUGAUGCACAACAGCACAGAUUUACUGAUUACUUAAGUCAACAUCAGACACAUCGAUCAGACUGGACUGUUCUGUGUGCAAACUAUUAAAAAGGUAGACUGUAAAUGUUUGUUUUUUUAAUUUAUCAAAGUGAGAGUACAUGAUGUUGGUCCUGGUCUUAUCUGUAGCUGGAGUUUUUGGCCUGUGUGAGGCUGGAGAUAGCAGCUGCAUGUGAUCCUCUUGCAUAUCCAAGCAUUAGCCCCAUACUAAAACAAGACAAAGAAAAAAAGCCCUCUGUUCCAUAGAUAUCCAGAUUUCACUGUAUGUGCAUAUGCACGGCUUCUUCCUUGUGAAUAAGGGGGCUGUGCUGUGUGCCCCCUUGUCUGUGCAGUAACAGGUAGAGAAAUUCCUCUUGCACCUGUAAGAUAGGCCCCAUUUGCUUAAAAAAAAUUCAAAGUCACACUAAGCACAAACUAAUCCAAGAGUUUGCACCAAAGUGGUUUUACAGGAAGAAAAAACAACAAAUUUACAGCUUUUGAAAAAGUAUUAAGAGUUAUCAAUCUCAACGGAUUUUAGACAAAUACUGACUGACCUCAGAGGGAUAAAAAUCAAUCCGGCUGUUCAUAAUAACUAUCAACUGCAGAGGGAGGUAAUAAUAACCGUGAGAAGGAUCCUGGUAGGACCUCAGGCUCAUACAGAGUCAGCAGCUCACAGAUUAGGCUGGAGCCGUUAAAGGCUUUCAAAACAAGCAUCUUAAAACCGAAAACUCACAGGGAGCCAGUGAAGGCCGGCGAGGACUGCUGUUAUACGGUCUCUUACUAUGUGUUCAAAGCCCGGCUGCAGCAUUUUGAAUUAACUGUUGUCUUUGUAUGUUGUGUUUGCUGACGCCAGAUUAAAGUGCAUCCAGUCUGGAAGAAAUAAGUGCAUGAACGGAGAAAGAAAGCCUUGAUUCUGGCUAACUGUCUAAGCCAAGCAAAGCAAUAUGUAUGGUUGUUUUUUGUUGUAAUGACUGAUGGAAGAUCUGAAAUACCUGUGUGAAAUGAGAGAUUGGUUUAAGAGGUCUUCAGAUUAGAUUAUUCUGAGAUUGGGUUUGUUUCAAGGGUUUGUUGCUGUGUGCCCAUGUUUGCUAUACAAACCUUUUGACAGGAGAACAGUUUUGUGACCUGUAGGAUCCAAAUCCAAAUGCAUGUAUGUCUCUAGUCAGCUCUUUACAACAGGCAGUUCAAAUGUCUUUUUCACCUUGUUCAAACAGUGUCAUUUCAUCUCAGAAGUACCCUGAACUUUGAUUUGGUUCAAAGCAGCAAAGCAGCCACCAAAAGCACUGUUAAGUUAGAAACCUGCAACAUAAUGGUGUUAAGGUGUUCAUGAUGAUAUGAGUGUUUAGCAUAUGCUGACAUAUACUGUACAACUAUACUGAGUAAUGAAAAGAAGAAGACUGUACCACCUUGUGAAAAACUUACCAUAACCCUACUGACAGUCAUUCUAUAUUCUUAAGUGUAAAUAUAGAUACUAGUUAAUGAAGAAGCAGGUUAGAAAUAAGUGUGUUUACAGAAGACAUGCUGUGUGGUGUUUGAGGUCACACUGGGUAAUCGUUUUCUGUAACAGAUAGAAACCUCUGUUGUCGGGCAGGUGUUCUGCCCAGAAGGUUAAAUCAGUUUUUGGUGCUGCUGGAGUUACAUGUGGGUGCCAGUUCAUGGAAAAUGUUGUUAAUGGACACUGUGAAGCUUUAUUUUUGUGAUAAUAAAUCAACUGGCUGUUCUACUGGCAUAUUUGACUUGGACUUUGAUUUAUCAGACAGGGUUUUUACAGAACGUCGGUAAGGUUAAUCAGGUGCAGCACCUCAGUGGUUUAUGUGUUGGCUUGGGCGUCUGAGACGGAGGCUAUGUAUUUGGAGCAGUGCAUCUGUAGAUCAACAUCCUUUACAAAUGUCGCUCUGGAAUUGUCUGCUGGAGUGAAAACACAUUAGUGAGGACACCAAGGACCUUUUCAUGGCUAGAAUAUUGAACAGUGUUUACCUAAAAACAGGC